CAAAAUUGAAGGAACUUGUUAGACAAUUACUUUCAUGGACCAGACAUGCAAGCAUCUACUGGGGAAGAAAAUUUCAUAGUGUUAAUCCAAGCCCUUCGACUCACGAAUAGAGGACUUAAAGACUACGUUGACUUCUGUCUGGAAGACAUUUAUAGCAGCAUCAUUAGAAAUGUGUCCAAAGUUGUUCCAGCUUGCAACACUUAUUGCAACAACCUACAUGAAAACCAAUGGUGUGCACAUUGUAAGAAAUGGAGGACUGAGAUAGAAAGUUACAUUCGGCUUUCACCGUUCAAGAAGAAAAUAAAAUGGCAAGACAUUGACUUUAGAAAGUUAACAGGACCGGACGGAGGUUUGGCAAAAACUGAGUUAUUUUCAAUCUACAUCAGACGGCAUCCAAAUACACCGGUGGAGUUUGAUAUUCAAGCAAUCUUAUCAUUGUUUCAGAACUGUGUUUAUUUUGACAUCGGAAAAAACAAGAGUCUUCUUGAUUCUGUUCGCAAUGUUAGGAAUAAACAUUUUGCCCACACAGCAAACUUUGAUAUCACUAACAAGAGCUUGAGGGAUUCAGUUGAUAAACUGAUUCUUUUGUUUCAACAUCCAUCAAUGCUGAAUUAUGGAAAUUCAAAGUGUAUCAUUACCAAGUUAAGGAAACUGAGAAAAAGGAAUAUGGAACUGGUUGAGACAAGUACGCAUGAACUCUGUAGAGAAAUCAUUGAACUCCGAUACGAUUCAUCCACAGCACAAAGAAAACUAGACACAUAUAUAUUACCACCGUCCACAGAGACAGGAUUGGUCAGGCGGAUGAGGGCAGCAGUCAUCAGAUCGAUAAGAGGACAGUGUCAUUACGUUCCUGUUUUCCUUACCCUCCUGAUAUCCUUGAUUACGGCAUAUUGGUUAAAGUACGAAAAAGACACUAACAUGAAAGGUUACUUGUACUCCAUAAUGACAAGAAAUUAUCCACAAGAACUCCAAAGUCCAGAGGGUUGCAAAACCAUUGAAUAUGAAUAUCCAUUUGCUGUUGACAUCGACUUUGAAUUCUAUCGUUCUACACACGACAUGCUAGUCGGUCGAAAAUGGCUGCUUUAUGAAUUGGAAAAUACAAUGCGUUCUUCCCCUAGAGGUGUAAUGUUUAUAGCAGAAAUGGGAUAUGGAAAAUCUGCAAUAAUGUCUCAUCUAGCGUGCCAGGACGAUCGACGAGAAGCAGGUUAUCCAAUUUACGAAAAUAUAUCCGUUUUCCAUAUUUGUACUUUUGAAUCCCAAAAGACAUUGCUUCCAGGAUUAUUUGUCAAAAAUAUGGCGGGAGGAUUUGCGAAGUACAUACCGAAAUUUAAACAGUAUUUGGAGCAAAAUCGAUGGUUUAAAGAUUAUUUCGAAGGUGGAAAAUGUCUUGAGGAUGCCGAAGGAUGUCUAGAUUUUCUAGUUAUCAAGACACUUCAUCAACUCAAAAAUGAAUCAAAAACUCAUAUUGUCGUCAUAGAUGCCCUGGACGAGUGUAUAGAAUAUGAUUAUAAAUUCAAUAUUGUAAGCCUGCUUCAAAGAAGAAUUACAAAAUUCCCAAAAUAUAUAAAAUUUCUCACCUCAUCCCGUAAUAUUUCACGUAUAUCUCCACUAAACCUACAUUUAAUUGUGUUUGAACAAAAAGCCAAAAACUAUAAAAAUAACAGAGAUAUUAGCAUAUUUGUUGGGAGGAAACUGCAGAAUGCUCAACCGAAGGAGCUCGGUAAACUCAAGUCUUUAUUCAAAAGUUCGGACAUGGACGAGAUCAGGGACAAAGCUGUGAAAUAUGGAAAAGGCAAUAUGCUUUUCGUAUUGCAUGCAUUGAAAUUGUGGACAGAUACUGAGCAGUUGUCUUUAGAUACCAUUCCUAAUACACUUGAAACGUUAUUUUACGAUCAAUUUCUCCGAAUAUUUGGAAACGAUGACGCUAAGUUUGGCAGUACUAAAAAGAUCUUGGAAAUAUUGUGUGCAAGCACCGAACCGUUGUCUGAGGCCGAAAUAUUCGAAAUUGGCAACAUCUCCGAGGUUGAUCAAAAUCACAUAAUUAAGUUAAUGGGAAAUGAACUAAGCCAUUUCAUCAGACUAAUUCACGGAAAAGUACUAAUCCUUCAUAGAUCGCUCUCGAAAUUUUUAACAAAUAACGAUAGAAGAAGAGAACAAUUCUACAUAUCAAAACAAAAUGGCUGUGUCCAUUUGUCUUACUACUUCCUAAGAAGUGUGAAUUCUAAACGGAGUUUCAAUGAUACUGAUAUUUUACAGUUAACAGAAUAUGUAUCUUGCUCGAAAAAACAAGAAUUGAAAGAUGUGUACUUAAAAUCUGGGGAAAAAUACAAUUCUAGUAUUCACUACAAAACUCGAUUCACACAUCGUCCUAUAUUCCUUCUUCAUCGAGCUGCACUAAAAUUAUAUUCCCACUCCAGUAUGUCUCUUUUUCUGGAUCUGUACUUAAAAUUUCCGUUGGCACAUGUUGACGAAAACGACGACGGAAAUAUCACUGCUUCGUACGUCGCUGCAGCCUAUGGUAAUCAUGAAGGACUUGAGGCUCUUUUGAAGUAUGGAGCUAACGUGAAUUUUACCAGAUUAGGACCCAGAAUAAUGAAUAGUUCUUUUGAUGACAUAGUUGAAUUCAGCAAACUUUACGCUCAAUGGGAAUAUAAUCUUUUGAAUAUUGCCUCGCAAAAUGGACAUCUCAAAAUCGUUCGGAUUCUUCUCCGAAAUAAGGUUCAUAUAAAACAUAAAAUUUCCUGUGGAGUCGAUUCUUUCCAACUGGCUUCAGAAUUUGGACAAACUUCAGUUGUGAAAUACUUUCUCAUGAAUUACAAGAGUACAUUUUCUAAAAGUUUUAAUUUUUCUCUCUAUCUGGCAUCAAAAAACGGACAUGAAGAUAUUGUAUCAUUAUUACUGCAUCAUGGAGCUGUUGAUAUUUGUCUUCCAUGCACAGGGAGGAUGUAUUGGACAGAGUUUCACCAAACUCGCUUACAAGUAAUAGACAAUGAAUUUGAUUUCCAUUUGCUAAACUACAUUUUUGAGGAUGACAGACGGAGGAUACGAUGCGAGACAGCGAUAGAAGUGGCAAUUCAAAAUGGAUACACUGAAGUUGUAAAGCGUUUAAUAGCACAUUCUAAUUCUAGUCUACUCUGUAGAGAAUCUGGUGGUAGAACACCUCUUUUGACAGCCGUUAGGUUUGAUCGGACAGACAUCCUACAGUUCUUUACAUCUCUCAACGUGUCCAUUGCUCAGCACUGUGUUUCUGGGUAUCAGAAAAAGGAUAGAUUUGAACUUAGCAAGACGGAAGAAUUUGAAUAUGAUAAAAACAUGUGUUCAAAUAACAUGUCAGCGUUUCAUAUCGUCGCGGAGUAUGGAAGCUCGAAAACCUUACUUAUGCUAUAUGAUAAUUUCAAAAACGUUUUUUGGACAGCACUUGAUAUAUUUGGUUCAACACCUGUACAUUAUCUAGCCUGUCAAGGACGAGUUGAAUUGAUCAGUCAUUUCGAGAGCAAUUACCAUGUCAAAUCCUACAAUGGUUCUACGCUAUUACAUUCAGCAGCCAUAUGUAAGCAAUAUCUCCUUCUUGAUUACCUUCUCACCCGAAUCUCCCAAUCUCCUUUAGAUGAUAGGAAUCAAAGCUUUGUUCAUUACCUUGCUCAGAGUGAAAGUUUUAUGUAUGAAGAUGUGCAAUCUGUCAUUGACCACAAACAACAUUUAAGAAAAACAACUUUCCAAAGAAUAAAAAAAGAACUAUUCUUCAGAGAUGUGAUGAAAAGAACUGCGUUUCACUACGCGGCUAUUCAUAGAAACAUCAAUUUUCUUCUGCUUUGUCUUGAACUUGAUUGGAAUCACAGAAUUUGGAACGAUCUGUUUGAGCUUCGUGACAUCAACAAUGAGACAGUAAUAGAUUUGUUGUUUAAACAUUUACCGCCAUAUGAUAGCUUUUCGACAUCAAUUUUUACACUUUCAAAUUACUUUAUUAGAAACCCACAUCAACAUUUUAUCUCUUUAAUUCUCGAUAAAUCAUUUUCAAGAAAUAUUAUAGAAGAGAAACUUCCGGUAUUCUGUGAGUACAGUGUGCGACAUGGAUAUCCUCGAAUCUUUGAAAUACUUUUGAUAAAAUACCAGGAACAUGGUUAUAAUAUUAUUCAUUUUGAUGAAUGCGUAUCAAAUUUUUUUCAUAUAAUCCCUACCCUGGAUUAUAUAGAUCCAUCGUAUUUUAAAUUUCUUGACUUCUCUUCUUUCUUGAAAUGUAACUGUGAUAGUUCGAUGAAGUUUGCAUUUCAUAAGUUGAUGGAAGAUCGCAAGAUAUCGUUUAGAAUGUACAUAAAGAGAGUACUGAACUCUAAGAUGAACUGUAGUUCUAUGGAUUUUUGCUAUGAUGACGAAGGAUAUAACCCGUUACAUAGGGCUGUUAUUGGCGGAAAUUAUUAUGCUUUCGAACUUUUAAUAAACAAUGGAAUGUCUGUGAAUGUCGCAAGUAAAGACGGAAGGGACGUUCUACAGUUAUUGAUUGAACAUGCACCAUGCAUUCCAGACGAUUUCGAUCUCUCUAAGAAAUUUUCUUUCGGCAUGCCUUUGACACAUACCGAAACACUAAGCCUUAGGCGGAGUAGAAGGUAUGACGAUAUUGGUCGUUACAUUGCAAAAAAUACGACACUUAUUAUGAAAAGGACUCUGACGCAAAUAUGCGACAGAACAACGAACUCUCUCAGCAUCGUUCAUGUUGUUGCCGCUAAAGGCCUUGUAGAAAUUUUAGACGUUAUUAAGGAAUCUUUUGGAGAGACAUAUUCCCAUUGCUUAAAUCGUAGAAAUAUUUCAACAGCCUAUUUGGUAAGUGUUUUUGGUCAUUUGUCGUUCGAAUUUGCAAAGAUUGAGUUUUCCACCGAUCUUACGUACACCACUGCUGCAUUAUAUCUUAAAUUCGCAUUCGACUUUAAAGCUUUCGUUUAUCCAAAAGAUUCUUUUUAUUGGAAAUGUAAACGUACAGUAACAAAUUUCAGAAACACGAGGUCUUUGCUAAGCUGCGCUGGUAAAGCGGAUGAAGAAAACGCGAUACUCAUGUCUCAGGUUAUUAAACUGAACGGUUUCAAGUCGAUGAAAGACUACAAAAAAUAUCAUGAAAAUUGUGAAUGCUGUAAAAUGGGCGCACAGAAAUUCUCAAAAUCCGAAUUUGACAAUCUUUUAAAAGAAUUAAGGAAUUAUUGGGAAAAUCCAAAACAAUUUAAAUACAGCUACCUGCUUCAACACAGACAACUAGAAAUUGCACUCGAAAAUUUGGAAUGCAAAAUGAAAAGAGAUAAAAGAAGUAAACAAUGUCUCUCGCUUUUUUCCAGGAUGAUAAAAUGGAAAAGAACCAUACGAUUUCUUUUCCCAAGAAUUAGUAUAGAGAUACCAUUUACAGCUAUUACAUAUCUAUACGAGCAUGAUAUAAUGGCACCUUUUCAAUUUCAAUUUCUGCCAAGUUUCAAACAUGUUGAUAUGUUAAGCCGUAGUUUUGUGUUUCUGUCGAAGGAAAUCUUACAAACUUAUCCUGGAUUUCAAUCAUCAAAGGAAUAUGACUACUGGGAUGUUUGCAGAAGAAACGGAGACAAAAGGAACAAGAAAAUGGUACAAACAAUUCUGAAUACCCCAGUAUCUGAAAUUCGGAAAUGGAAAGGAACUGAACGAAGCAGGCGUAUCAUGCUCCAUCAGUUUGGGCAUUCUGAUGAUGACCUUCCCACUGAUAGACCAUUGCACCUAUAUGAACGACUCCUGGAAAAUGAUAACUGAUAUUAAGAAAACAUCUUCGAAAUCGUUUUCUUUAAAAAUGUUCGCUCUUGAUAUCUGUGGAAUAGAUUAGGCUAAUCUUAUGCACAUUUUCAUUUCAACAUCAUGAAAAUGAUUAAGAACAACCCCCUUUUUUUUUCAGGCGAAGUUGCAACCCUAUAACUCUCUUGAAAUUUUCCAUUUAGCAUUUAUUUUUGGUUUGAGUACUUCUUAAAUAAAUAUUUCAUUAUAACCUUUAAAUGAUGUUAUAUAUCUCAACUGAUUCGAUACGCAAGAGCUUGCUCUGCAUAUGAUCAGUUUUGUUUGGUUCGAGUCAGGCUACUGACAAAGUUGAUGGUUCAGGGGUUUCAACAGUCUCCUUUAAAGUCAGCAUUUCGGAAAUCUUAUGGUCAUUAUAAUGAUAUAGUUUACCAACACAACUUAUCAUUGUGUCAAAUGCUGUCUGACGUGUUUCAUACCGAUUGUUAGGCCGUUCUUGGCACACUGAUUUUUGACUACGGAUAACUCCGUUUACCUGAUCAAGAUAUAGGGCUCACGGCGGGUUUGAUCGAUCAACAGGAGAUGCUUAAUUUCCCUAGGUCCCUGAUCCCACCUCUGGAAUAUCCAGGGGUCUGUGUCUGUCCAACUCUCUAAUUUGUAUUGCUUAAAGGGCUUAGGAAAUUGAUCAUUACCUUCACCUUUCAUAUACUUAUGUGUCUCUUUUAUUUAUGUAUGCUAUUGCUGUAUGAACUUUAUAUCAUUUCUGUAUGAUCUCAAGAACUGAUACAUUCAUAUUAAAAUAAU